AUGCGCAGGUCGGCCCUCAGCCGGCUGCCGCCGCCGCUCCGCGGGCGGCUCAUGAGCACCCGCUCGCGCUGGCGCACUGGCGAGCUGACGCGAGGCCUCUUCCUCUCGGGCACGACGGCGACGCGGCUGCCGGGUGACUGCGCUGCCCACAUCGACGCGUUUGGCUCGGACGUGCUCCCAACGGCCGGCGCGGUGCGGGUGGACGUCGCGGCCAUCUCCGAGUUGGGCGAUACGGACCUCGUCGUCGGCGUGUGCGAGGAGUCGUGCGUCGGCCGCGCGUGGGGCGUCUCGUUGCUACGCCGCGCGCUCGUGACGGCCGCCGUGGACCGGCGGGCGCAGCAGGCGCUGCGGCGGCAGCACGCCAAUGCCGAGAUGGCGCACCGCGCUCGGCUCGAGGCGGGCACCGCCCCACCAUUGGCCGCAGACAGAGAGAGGCGCACCCGAGGGUCGGGCCAUGCGCACGGGCUGCUCUGCUUCGAGAUCGAGGGCGGGGAGCUCACCUUCUACUCGGACGGCGAGCGGGUCGACCUGCCGCCGCUGCGGGGGCUCCCUCCCGCAGUGCGGCCCUGGGCGAGGCUCUCUGCCGCCGGCGACUCUGCCGAGAUCCUGCAGGAGGCCGAGCCGGCCCGGCACAAGACGGACCUGCGGGCUCGAGGCGGGUGGAUGCUUGUGAGCAUGCGCUUUGAGGUGUUUGUGGCCAGCGAAGCGCAGCGUGGUUGCCUGGGAUGUCGGCACGUGACUUGGCUCUAUUGGCACGUGCUGCUCUCUGUGAGCUGGAGAGAUCUCAUGUUCUCAAGUCUCGAUCAUGUCGAAAUAAUCGAUUCGCGCUUUUGCCUUAAUUUUUCCGCGGGGGGCUUCUCACACAUAUUACACAUCUGUGUAAAAAAGGAGACGAUAUCACCUGAGUCCUGA